CGCUGACGGCGCACAUCGCACUUCAUCUGGCUUUUUCGGGGCGAACGGCGUCACAGUGGUACGAAAAAGUGUGAUUUGCCAGGUGAAAAAGUGCCCUCGUGCAGUCCAGUUGCAGUCCGGAGGCUCCGCAAACAGCACACAGCAUGGGCAAGAGGAAAAACCAGCCUCUGAUCGAUUCGGAGACAGACGAUGAUGGAUCCGACUUAGAUUCAGAAUUCCUCUCACUGGCGAAGAAGAAGAAAAAGCCCGACAGAUUGGCGUCCAACAGUCCCAGGAACUCCUCGGGGUCGGAUUCCGACUGGGCGAACGGCAAGAAUGGGCAGACGAGGCGCAAGAAGCGCACGAAGAAGAUGAGCAGGAGUUCUUCGGAUUCCGGGGAGGAGAGUGACUCAGAUGCCGAGGCUGAGGCGCCCGCGGCCAUCGUGGUGCCCCCGCAGCCGGUGCCGAAGGUGCAAGAGGAGGAGGAGGAUGACGAGAAGUCGGAGCUGGAGGAGGGUCAGGUGUCCACGGACUCAGAAUCCAGCUCGGCAUCGGAGUUCAAUGACGGUUACGAUGAGAACUUGAUGGGCGACGAGGAGGACAGAGCCAGGCUGGAGGGGCUGUCGGAGAAGGAGCGCGAGACGGAGAUCUUCAGCAGAAUCGAGCGGCGCGAGUCGAUGAAGACGCGCUGGGAGAUUGAGAAGAAGCUGAAGCUGGCGAAGAAGAAGGAGCGCGCCAGGGAUCGUGGCAAGGAGAGGAAGCCGAAGAGGAAGAGGGAGAAGGUCACGGUGGAGCGCCUGCCGCCGCCCAAGAUGAUCGCCAUGCCCGUGAUUGUGCCGUCGCCGGAGAAGAGCGCCCCUGAGGCGUCCGGCUCGGCGGCGCCGGAGUACUUUGACCCGAAAGAGCGCUCCAAGGAGCGCAAGAAGAACGUGGAGGCGAACAAGACUGACGACAAGCGCAGCAAUGCCAUGGCGCUGCUCAAGGCGCGCCGCGAGGGCAAGCAGAAGCGCGAGGAGGAGGAGGCGAAGCGCCAGGCGGAGCGCGAGCGCGAGGAGGACAAGGAGGAGCUGGACGGCGUGGCGGGCGGCAAGUCGGCGGUGAAGCUGAAGGCGUCGGACAUCUACAGCGACGACUCGGGCAGCGACAGCGACGAGAAGCGCUCCGGCAGGCGCUCUUCGGACACCAAGAGCUCCGAAUCUGAGUCGGAUGAGGAGAAGAAGUCCGUGUCGGUGCCGAAGCGGCCCACGUACAUCACAAAUCGCGACGAGUUGAACAAGAUCCGGCUGUCCAGACACAAGAUGGAGCGCUUCGUUCAUCUGCCGAUCUUCGAGCGCGUGGUGACGAACUGCUUCGUGCGCAUCAGCAUUGGGAAUCACAAUGGGAAGCCGGUGUAUCGUGUGGCGGAGAUUGUGGGCAUCGUGGAGACGGCCAAGGUGUAUCAGCUGGGCAAGAGUCGCACGAACAAGGGCAUGCGGCUGCGCCACGGCUCGCAGGAGCGCGUCUUCCGGCUGGAGUUCAUCUCCAACCAGGACUUCACGGAGACGGAGUUCGACAAGUGGCGCGACGUGUGCGCCUGCAGCGACGUGGAGAUGCCCACGAUGGACAUGGUGGACAAGAAGGUGAAGGAUGUGAAGGAGGCGCUGGCGUACGAGUACAAGGACGAGGACAUCGAGAAGAUCAUCGAGGAGAAGAAUCGCUUCCGCGCCUUCCCCACCAAUUAUGCCAUGCGCAAGACGAUGCUGCUGAAGCAGCGCGAGGACGCGACGACGCGCGGCGAUGAGGAGGUGGUGAAGGAGCUGAGCGCCCAGAUUCGUGACCUGGACGAGCGAGCGAAUGAGCUGGACAAGAAGCGCUCCAGCAGCAUCAGCUCCAUCUCCUACAUCAACGACAGGAAUCGCAAGAGGAACGUGGAGGAGGCGGAGAAGGCUAUCAUGGAGGAGGUGCGCGCCAACAAGGGCAUGAAGGUGGACGAUCCCUUCACCAGGCGCAGCACGAAGCCCAGGAUGUCCUUCAAGGCGGGCGAGCAGAUGGAGGAGGAACUGGCGCCCAUGAUUCCCGCCCCGCCGCCACCGGGCAGGAAGAAGGUCGAGGAGGGCGAGAAGAAGCCCAACGGUCCGGGCGCCGAGAACAACUUAUAUUCCCUCCACGAUUUCGAGAUCGAUCUGGAGGUGCCACUUCCGGUGACAACGGUGAACGUAAUGCCGAAGCCGGUGGUGAAGCCGGAAGAGAGCGGGCCCAAGAGCAGGAGAUCGCUGAAUCUGGAGGAUUACAAGAAGAAGCGUGGUCUCAUCUAGAACGUAUUAACAUUAUAUAUAUGGAAUUGUUUUAUUAAGAAUUAUUAUUGUAGAGUUAAAAGACGAACAACUUUUCUCCUGGAGCGCUGCGCGCGCUCCAUGAAAUCUCUAUUUAACUUGUCUUAAGAUACUCUAGCGUAUGUAUUUUAGCAUAGGAUGUACCUCACGCAUGUAGUGAUUGUGAAUAAAAGCUAGUAGAAGUUACAGAUAA